GAAUUGAGCGCCAAUGGCCUCAAAAUGUCUUAUGCUUACAUAGUUUUUUUUCUUAACUUAUUAUAACCACUGUCGAAGUGCUAUCGCUGGUAGGCACUUCAUCAAGUUCACAAUGCUCACGUGUCAAAUUGAAAUUAUUUAAAACAUUGAAUAAUUCAGAUGUUAUCCCUUUAGCUUCUUUUAUUAAGUACAAUAUUAUAUUAAAUAGAUUGUAACAUUUAGAAAAAUAACUAAGUAACUAGUAUAAAUAGUCAGUCCAAUGUCAGUAUAUUGUAUUCGUGAUGUAUAUAUCAAUCAGGACAUUUUAUCCGGUUUUUACAAUGGAAAGAAAUAGUCAAAAGAGAUCAGAACUUGAAAGUUCCAAAAGCACUAUAUUUGGAUAUACUAUUGAAAUCGGAAAUACCACUUAUGAAAAUACUUUGGAAGAACGCAUACAAGCUGCUAAAAAUGCUUCGUCAAGUGCUAAAAACCUAGCACAAAAACAAAAUAUUCAAGAAAAAUUAUCAAAGAUUAGGAAUGCAAGUGAACAUACAUAUGCUCAAAAUAUAGCUAUUAAGAAAUCAACAAAUUGUGCUCAAGAAUUAAAAAUUAAAAAUAAGCAAUGGGCAUCUAUAAAUAAAACAGAUAUUGAAACUUCAACUAAUAUUCCUUUUCUAAAAAACUUGACUAAAACUAAUAAUAUAAAUUCAAAUUUUGAAUCCAAAUGUAACCCAAAUUUUUUAAAACCAACGCACAAAGGAGGCGGUUCAAUGCAACUCCGAUUAGAAGCUAUAAAAGCUAAUAAGAAGUUAUCUAAUAGAAUUUCUCAUGAAUAUAGUAAUACUUUAGAAUCAAAUAAUCCUUCAAAAAUUGUGAGUCUUCAAGAUAAUAUCCCCCUAAUGAAAAAUCAUAGUUCUAAAUUGUGUACUACUAAUAUGUCCAAACGCAAUGAGUACAAAACCAGAUCAACUGUACAAAAACAUCUCGAAGAAAAUAAAUAUACUGGACACUGUGAUCGUACUAAGGAUAUUACUAAUACACCAUAUAAAAUGGUAACAUCUGUUCAAAAUAGACUCAUAAGUGCAAGAGAACAAAUUACUGCCAAAUCCAAAGAUAAUUAUGAAUUUAAUGUUUCAAAAUGUGGAAUGAUUAAAAAACCACCAAUAUGUGAAUCAGGCAAUAUUCACCAUGAUACAAACACAUUGGUGCGUAACAGUAAAAAUAAAACAAAACGGUUAAACCAACCUAAUCAAAGCAACAAGAAAAAGAGACCAGGACUUGUAUCAACUACUAAAAAAAUCAUUUUAAAUAACAAUUCCUCUGUUAAUAAAUGUAUUGAUCAACAGUUAAUGAAUGUACAGCAAAAACCAACUGUACCAAUUCUAAAUAAUAUGAUUUCGUCUUGUUCUUCUUCUGAAACAGUUGUAUCAACAAAACUGGGAAAUCAAUGCAUUUUAUCAAAUUCAAAGUCUAAGGAACUUGACUCUUUUAGUUUUGUUAGGCCACAAACUUCUUGUAGUCAAACAUCUGAAAUUAAAAAGAGUACGCAAUUUAAUAAUGAUGAGUCAAUGGAAUGGGAAGAAAUAAUUGAAACUGAAGACAUAGUUGAAAAAGUUAAUGACUUGAGAAGAGCUAAACAUACCUAUGAACCUAUGGAAUGGACACCGGAUUCAAUCAUGCACAGUGAUAGAAUUAAUUACUGUUUAGUGAUUGAUACAAAUAUACUUUUAUCAGAUCUGAACUCAAUUACUAUUCUUAUAGACAAAAAUUUAACUGAUUAUGGUUAUCCAACAAUUGUAUUACCCUGGCAAGUUUUAAAAGAACUUGACUGCAUAAAGAAUGGUGAAACUGCAAUUGCUUAUCGAGCACGUGAAGCUACCCGAUGGUUAUUAGAAAUGCUUUCAAAACGUCAUCCAAGAUUAAAAGGUCAACCUAUGACAAAAAAGAGUUAUAUGGGUUCUGAUGAUGAUAUUUUAAAGUGUGCCAUAACUGUAAAAGAGAGGGUGAAUAUUGUAUAUUUAGUUACCGAUGAUAAAAUUUUAAACAUAAAAUCAGAAUUUAAUGGAAUAUCAGUAAAAAAUUCAUUAUGGCUCCAAAGUUUAGUUACAGAUACAAAUCAAAACAACUCAGACAUUUUCCAAGAGGCUGUUAAAAAUUAUCCAAUAAUUGAAAACAAAUCAAUUAUGAAAUUUGAACCUCACUUACAACAUAUUAUAGUAAGGGUUUUACAAUGUGCUGUGCGUCUUAAUAAUAACUAUUCCAUUAAUACACAAGAAUUAUGGUGGGAAAUAUACUCACUGUCAGAACCAUUCAAUUUACCUCAAUUGUUAGUAAAGCUAAAAGAACAUUGGAAAAUAAUAGCACCUCAUCAGUUACUUAAAGCCCCCGAAAAACAAUUGGAUUGUAUGGAAUAUUUUUUUAAUGAUCUCAAACAAAUCUCACCUGAAAUUAGCCUUAGUUGGACUGAAUUUUACAAUUUUCUCAAGUGUUGUACAGAAACUAUAAUUGCAUUACCGUAUGAAUAUUAUCAUAUUACUGAUGUACUUUUAUACGAUUUGAUGGAAGCUAGAAAAUCUUUAAAACAGAAACUAUAUUGUACCACACAAGAUGAUGACUCAUAUUUUUCGUUAAGUAGUUUAAGCAUUUCAAACAAUAAUGCUCUUGAUAUUGACAUCAUUUUGCACAAUGUUUCAAAAGCAGUUGAUACAUUUUGCUCAUAUGUAUACAAUGAUAAUGGAUUUAAUCGCGACUGGUCUGAAGAUAAACUAAAAUGUGGUGUUCAUAUUAAAACAAUAAAUGUUGAUGAGAAAAUUGAAGACUAUUGUUGUAAAUUAUCAAAUAUUAUCAAAAUUAUGUUAAAAAUAAAGUUAUUAAAAACUGAAGAAAUACUGGAAUCUCACAUAAUUAUUGAUGCAUUUUUAAAAGCAAUUACUGAAUUCAAUGAAGACUCUGUGGACUUGAAGAAGGAAAAUGUCAUUGAUUAUUGUUUGCUGAAAAAUGAAAAUUCAUUUUUUCAUGUUUUGGUAACCUUUCAAAAUAAUUUGGCAGCUAUGAAAAAUUUGAUUACUACCAUUAAGUCUUAGUUGUAUUUAUUUAUUAAUUAAAUAAGUUGAUAUUUAUUAAUGUACCAAAAAUGUGUAACAUAAAUAUAUUUUAAAGUUUUUAAUCUGUA